CGGAGCCCCCGCCCCGCUCACCAUGUCCCGGGGGGGCAGCCGGUGGCCGGUUCGCCUGCUGGUGAUCACCUGCGUGAUGGCCGGGCCGUCCCUGGCUCAGGAGUGUUCCGCGGAGAGAAUGGAGAACUCCAUCAUCGAUAUAGACCUGUCUCUGCCCCGGGGCGUGCGGGGCGCGGAGCCGCUUCGCGUCCCCAGCGCGGGGGUUUGUGCCCGCGCCUGCUGCUCCGGGGACGGGCUCGCAGGAGACAAGAAGUGUAAUUUGGUGAUUUUUUAUGCUGGAAGAACAAAAGCACAUCCAAACUGCUACCUCUUUUACUGCCCUACCACAGAGGCUUGUCUGAUGAAACCUGCAACAGGACUUGUGAGCUACAAGAUAACUAGAGACACCCAUGCCCCAGAGGAUGAAUCCAUCAAAACUGAGAACUUUUCUUCAAAUGAGUAUUCUUUGUCUUUGGAUGCAGGAACCUUUUUUUCUCACCCUCAGAAUAGCCCUCAGAAUCAUACUGGCACUUGGCAACAAUCUGUAUUUCAUCAGGCAUCUGAACCCGUGAACCACAUAGGCAAGCAUUUAGACAACACUGAAUUUCACACAGAUUUUCCUGAAUCUCAAAGGGCAAAACAGUCUGAGAGCUUAGAUUCCAUCCCAAGGCAGAAAGCAAUGAAUCUGCCACCAAACAUGUUUUCUGCUGUUCAGAUUGGGAACCCCACUGCUUUGUUCCCCACCGCUCAGCCCAGUGCUCCUGAAACCAGCAGCACUGCUCUUGCUCCUCUGCCUGCAAGUCCGGCCCAGUUGGAAUUUCGUACAACCUCUCUGCAUCCUGGUGCUGCUGAGCCUGCAAUCACCACCACCACAGCCACCUCUUCGCCUACCACAGCCACUGGAGCUAAACCUGGUGUCCCUGUCACCAGCAUCGCUGUUACUCAUGUUCCUCUUUCCAGUCCCACAACUUCUACAACCGAGCGGGUGACCACAAAUUCCAGAUCUGCUGCUGCUCCAUCAGGGCUGAGGACUCCAGCCACGUCUCCUGAGCCAGCAGUUGUCUCUUCCAGUGAUGCCAGCCAUGUAACCCUCCCCUCUUUUUCAGGUUUCAUUCUCUCUACCAGUGAUUCCCCCACAUCUUCCCAAAAUGACCUUCAGGGUUAUGACCCAUCUGGCUCCGAAAGCUACCUGUCAGAGGGUGUUCUGGGAGGGAAAGGUGGUGUUCAGCUGGGGGAGAAAAGCAGCCUUCUAGCAGCUUUGCUUUUUGGGGUGAUGUUCUUGUUGCUGGUUAUUGCACUGACAGGGAAAAAAAUACAUGAAUCUCUUCAGAAGAGGCAUUAUACCAGGCUGGAUUACCUGAUCAAUGGAAUGUAUUCUGAUGUCUGAUGGGGAGAGGGAAUAAAAUUUUGAGGAUCAUGUCACUUUUGAGAGGGCGACUCUGAAAUGGAACAGUAGAUACUGAAAUCUCAGAAGAGGAUGGAUUCCUUUUUUCUCCUCUAAUGGCAAAGCAGAAGGCAGGAUAUGGGUUUGGUGGGGAAAAGAAAUGCUCUUUCUACGCUGAACUAUAAUGUCUGUCAUUUUUGAUUUAUACUAAAUCCUGAGAAUAAACACUCAAAUCCAAGUUAAGCUAAGAAGGUCUUAUAUUUAAGGAGAAAAAGCAUUUCAUGAGCUUAAUCUGUACUGUGACAAGAUUAGUGAAAUAGAAGUACACCUAAUAAAUUGAGUACCUGUGCA